UGACCGUGUCCGCUCCACUUCCACGUACAAUUGGAAACUCUGGCGCUCCUUUCUCUAGGUUCCGAAAAUCGAAUCGAUUUCCUCUAUUUACACUUUACAGAGAGAGAGAGAGAGAGAGAGAGAGAGAGAGAGAGAGCAUGACAUGGGAAUGGGGAAGAAUGAGGCGAAAGGGGAGAUACUGAUCGAGGUACCGGGGUCGCCGGAUAACCAGGGGUCCCCAGUGAGAGCCGUACUGUGUCUGAAAGAUAAGGUAAACAUGAGAGAGAUUGAAGAGAGAGAAGACUGCUUCCUCCUUGAUUUCGACCCCGACGACUCCGCUGUUGACCUCUCCAAGCUUUACCACCAGUCUGAUAAAUCUGAUGCCCAUGACGUCUCUGUCGUCGCUGUAGUCGGCCACGUGGCAUGCAGAGAUUAUCCACAUUCAAGACAUCUCUGCUUGAAGUACCCCUUUGGGAAGACGCCUCACGAAACCCACUGUGAACUGUGCUACUGCUUUGUUUGUGAUACUGCUGCGCCUUGCGAUCAAUGGUCAACAGGAGUUCAUAAUGGGCAUUGCCAUGCCAUUGACGAUAGGGACUGGAAGUAUAUGAGGCGGCUGAUGAGAAACAAAAAUGCUACUUACACCUCCUCUUCUUCUUCAGAAUAAAUUACGGCAUGGCAAUGUUGCUUGACCCCUUUGAAAAAUAGAGCCUAUACUACUACGUUGAGAAUGAGAGGCCUCGCCUGACGCAGGAAAAGAAAAACCGAAGUGCCAAGGUAACUAACAGAAGAACACUUAAAUCUACCAUUAAACACCUGGUAAUGCCGAGCCUCACUUCACAAAACGUGUGCCAACGAAACUCACAAAUCCUCUCCACCAUGGCUGAAAUUGACGAAGGCCUGACUGACAUCAGGGCUGGUUACUGCCUUUAACUUCAAUUCAAUGGGGAUAUUCAAUUUCGGGCACUGGUUUACCAACGAAAACAAUCGGUUUGUAUGUAAAUGGAAUCCUGUCUUCUAC